AAUUUCAAUGACAUUGUGACGUAUAUCAUUUUCAUUAAUCAUAACAAAAUCAAUGAUGUAGACUACAUUCCCUUUACAUUCAAAACCGUAUUCAUCUCUUCUCCGAUUCCAAAACCAUGUCAUCACACUCUAGAAAAAACAACUACCAUAAUAGCGGUUCUAGUGAGUCCUCAGAAGAUUCCUUCAUCAACCAAUGUGAAUCCUGUUGUUAUGAGAUCCAGCAGACCACAACAAAUCCUUACAAAUGUACCUACAACAAUGUAUUGUAUCAGUACAAAGAGAGAUUGAAGAAAGCGCAGAUGGAACUGGCAGAAAAAGAACUUAUGAUUGCGGUGUUGAAAGAUCAGAAUACUAAAAUGGAAAACUAUUGCAGAUGUAGCAUUGAAGACAGCCGCAACAUCAAGGUCAAGUAUUACCAACUGUUGGAAGAGAUGGAGAACUUCAGAAGAGAUAAUGAGAUUCAAAGGAACAAAGAAACUAAUGCCAACAAUGAUUCUUUAGAGGAGUACCUCAGAUCAGAAGUUGAUUUAUGGAAAGAAGAGAACAAAGAGAUCCUCGACAAAAUCGAACUGAUGGAUUUCGACAUACAGAAACUCAUGCAUUUUGUGUCCAAUUCAACUAAAGAAGCUUCUGAAGACGAAGUCAAAAUUCGUAUGGCCAGACUAGAAGAGGCCAUAGAAAAACAGUCAGAAAUUUUGGCCUCCUUGCAUUCCAAAGUAGGGAAUAAAAAUGUAUCCGAUCAGGCUGCUGAGGCAAAAAUGAAUAAUGCUGAGUAUUCCCUGGGAGACCUUGAAGGGCCGAUUACUCAGCUUGAACACCAGGCUGAAGGUCGUGCCAAGGACAGUCUUCGGACGCCUUUCGAUGAAACACAGAAUAUUCCAAAGUCCCCCACGGUGCGAAAACCAUCGGCCCUAGUACUGAACCCUGAAGAUGACGUGCUGAUCUCGAUACAGAUCCAGAACGCGUUGAAAUCAAAAUCUCCCAAAAUGAAGCACGGAAGCGACCCCAGUCUGAAAAGAAGUCACGCAGCCACAACCACCGAAGAACCUGGCUUGAGAAGCAUUCACGAGAGCAGCUCCUUCCUAGACGAAGUAACAAGCACCACCAACACCGACAUCCUGGAGAUAGCCGACAAGGAGGAGAAGUUCUUUGACGAGAGAACUCUUCCCAAAUGGUCUUCCCAAAUCUCCGGCCUUACUGGCGUCUCCGAAAUUUCCGGCGUAUCCGCGCUAACACCCAGCGAAUGUGAGAAGAUCUUUAGGGAGAUGCCAUCAGAAGAUCCCACCAAGCCGCCGCAGAAGGUCUGGAGCAACCUCGAACGUUUCAACGAGUUCGAGCACUUCGAGUCUGCAAUGUUCGCCGGAAGAGAUACCACUCAAUUUCGACCGAUUUUACCCUUGACAACCGACGUAGAGGGGGAAAGUGGUGAACCUGCUCCCACAAAAGACUGUUGCGUUAUCUCAAAUGAUGAAAUAAAUUCUGCAAGUACAGAGAACGAGCUCCAAAUGGUGUUGUUCCAAGAAAAGAUACCGGCUUGUUGUAGGGCUUCAGAACAAACUCUCAAAAUAGAAGAAAUCAACAGCUUGUCUGAGAAGACCACUUCUACAGAUCCACAACCACCUGUAACAGUUCCAAAGUUCCCGAAGCCAUACUCGUCUAUAGUUGAAGAAGAAAUCCCAAAAAUGUUUCCUACCGCAACCUUAGACGAAGCGUCAUCCUUACCGUCAGAAGAAGAAGUCGAGCCUACCAGAAGCUCUGAAGCCGGUGUAAUCCAUGAAGUAUCUAUCCAACCAACAAAGAAUGCUUUCGUUCAAUCUUCCGCACAGCCUGAAGGGACUAAACCAAAAACAGGCACCCCUCGAGUGAUCAAAAGACCUGAGUGUUGUAAGAACCAAGCAGAAAAUAUUGUAUUAAAAGAAAAAACAAGAACCAUCAAGGAACCUCCAAAAAUAAGAGAAACAGAUAAUAUCCCAAUAAUAUAUGAAUUUGAUAUAGGACGGAAAACUGUUUCUGAAGAAGACAUCCAGAAAAGGUUCGUAGCUCCCUAUUCAGAAGAACACCACAAACAUGGCUAUGAAGAGGAAAAUUCUCCAGGCAAAAACACCCUCGCAUUGUUUGAUCACCUUCAAAACCUAGUGGAAAAAUUGAAUAACAUAAUUUCUGCAGCUAAAGAAGAAUCCUCAACUUUGCGUACUCUUAAGGAUGAUUUCAAGAUCAAAAACGAUGAAUGGAACCAAAAUAUCGCCAAGAUCAAGUCCAAUACAGACAAAACAAACGAAAAUUUAAAUGAGUUAAAAGAGGACGUACAAGUUUUGAAAACCGAUAUCAAAUAUUUAAUGGACAAGCAAGUGCAACAAAACAAAAAACAAAUAGAUGACUAUCAUAAUGAAGAAGAACAAAACAAAACAGAUCCGAACAAAGUGCUGGAAAGAGUUAAAAAUCUAGAGAAGCGUCUUUGUAAAUGUGAUAAUGAAAUAGAGAAGGAAAGAAAAAGGAAAAUAUGCCAUUCACCAACAGGGUGUAGAUGCAAGUAUAAAAAGAUCAAUGGUUUCGGUAGAUCGGACGAAGAAGCGAAUACGAAAGAUAAAAAAAUAUCCUUCACUGUACAAUCGUGCAUUUUGAAUACCAGCAGUGUCAUCGGAGCACCUUAUAUUGUAAGAUUUGGCAAUAAUUUGCCAUCCUUAACUUACAACAAUAAUAAGAAAUCUAACGAAGAAGAGAAUACGAAGGGAAAAUGUAUUGAAGAAUCGCCUGAUAUAUGAAUUAAAAUCACUAUCUCAUUAAUUCCAUAAAAUAUAGUAUUUUAUUAAAUAAAAAGAGUUUUCAUCAUA